AUGCCUUUCCCGCCCACGCCGCCGCGGGCGGCCGCCGGGAGCCCAGGGGUCCCCGCCGCGCGAGCCCCGCCCCGGAGGUCCGGCGCCCCCCGGAGGGCCGCGGCGCCCACCUGCUCCCCGCCUGCGCCCUCACCGCCCGCCGCCGCCGCCGCGGAGAAGAGGAGGCCCUCAGAGCGGCCCGAGGGGCUGCUGUCCGGCUCCUGGCCCUCGACCACCCUGAAGAGGCCGCCGGCCCGGCGCGCCCCCGGCCCGGCCCCUCCGCGCGCCCCGGCCCGGCCCGCCCGCUCCGGCCCCAGCUACGCGGGGGCUGCAGGGCCCGACGCCGCCGUGCGCUUCUCGCUGAGCCUGACCCCCGAGGCCGUCCUGCUCCUCCAGAGGCGCCACCUGGAGAAGCAGCUUCUGGCCCCCGCCCCGCGCCCCGCGCUGCCGGUGUCGCUGCUCAACGAGAGGCACAAGUACGACGACGUGGAAUACGAGGAGGAGGCCCCGGUGGCGGACGAGGGCCUGGUCCGCAAGUGCACGGAGUGGCUGCGCGGCGUGGAGAAGGCGGCCGCCGCGCGCGACCACGCGGGGCCCCUGGACACGCUGCCGCACCUGAGCACGCUGUGA